AUGGCUUCUCAGCCACCUAUACCUCCUCUUCUAUCGCCCUACCUCUCCUCCCAACCCAGUCACUCCUUAACCCUACUAACGGGCACUCUGGGCGCGACAGUCAAUUGGCUCGUGUUACGCUUCCUUGCGGCGAUUGCAAGCAAUGCGGGCCUGUCCGAUAUUGAAGAUACCACCGAGCAGCCUGACCGAGGUCUUAGUCCAAAAGUUAUACUUAUGAGCUGGCUUCGAAACCCCACUGUCUGGCAAGAUGGGGGCCGAAAACUUCGUAUCAAAACAAGUGCGAUCUCCGUCAUUGCGGCCUCGGACGCUGGCCUCAGCCCAGGCCCAGGCCCUCAUGGCUUAGCAGAUCUCGAGCACACCCUCUCCACCUCUAUCGCUGAAUUUAAAGCGUCCUGCUCGAACCAAAAUCCGAUCAUCCUCAUACUCGACGGGCUCGACUUCCUCCCAGCAGCCACCGCCUGCUCUGUCACCGAUCUUCUCGCCAUCGUCACCAGACUGCGCGAGCAAGUCGAUGCCACUAUCAUUACGUCGAACGCCGACUCCGCGCUCUUGCACGCCCAGACAUCGCCACUAGAGAUCUCCCACGCGGCUUUCACAUUGAGUUUGGCGCAUCAGGCGAGGAUGGUGAUGAGUGUGCGGGAACUGGAGACAGGGGGGCGAAGGACAUUAGUGGUGCGUUGA